AUGGCUUCUAAAGUAAUUAGUGCGGCGAAACUUCUCAGCAAGAGGUCGCAUGUCAUCCCAGGUCAAUUCCUCGUGUCUGAACUCUUCUUCGAGGUUCCAAAGGACUACAGCAAUCAAGCUUCGGGCGUUCUUCAAUUGUUUGGCAGAAGUGUCACUAAGCACGAGAGGCCCAUAGUCCCUCCGACAGAAAAUGAGAAAAAGCAGGCAGAGCAGAAACCAUGGAUGGUGUUUCUGCAAGGCGGGCCAGGGUUUGGUAACCCAGAGCCUCAGGACAGUCCCAUCACUCGCACUGCCUUGGAUCGAGGAUACCAGGUCCUGUUCUUGGACUAUCGAGGAGUUGGACUUAGCUCUCCCGCCUCCGCUGCUACCUUAGCCCUCGAGGGCAAUGCUCAGAAGCAAGCCGAUCAUCUCAAACUACUUCGCCAAGACAACAUCGUCAAUGACCUCGAAGCCGUUAGAGCCUAUCUUACUGAAGACUUCCCGGAAGAAAAGAAAAAGUGGUCCCUCUUCGGUCAAUCGUUUGGCGGUUUUGUGUCUCUCACCUACCUUUCGAGGUUCCCUCAAGGCCUUCGGGAAGUCUUCCUCACUGGCGGUCUCGCACCUGUCGGCAAGUCGCCCGAGCAGGUGUACGAGGCAACCUUCAAGAAAGUCCAGGAGAGAAACCAAGCCUACUACCAAAAGUAUCCCGAAGACAUCGAAGCCGUCCAUCAGGUGGCUCGUUUCAUACAGGAAAAGAAGCAGGUCAACCUCCCUGGCGGCGGAUACCUCACCAUUCCAAGACUGCUCACUCUUGGCCUUGCCUUUGGUGCUCAUGGUGGACUCGACUCGGUGCAUUCGACCAUCCUCAAGCUGAAGACGGACUUGGACCAGUUCGGCUUCUUCACGCGCGCGUCCCUGACGGACGUUGAGACGGCAACGUCCUUUGACAGCAACAUCAUCUAUGCUAUUUUGCACGAGGCCAUCUACACUGAUGGACCGGGUUCUGUCUCCAACUGGGCAGCCUACAGAGUCGGCAAGUCCUUGGAGAAGUUCUCCUGGUUGGCGAAGGAACCCGCUAUCUCCGAGUUCACAGCCCCGCCUCUCUACUUCUCGGGCGAGAUGAUCUUUCCCCUACACUUUGAGACGUACCCGGAGCUGAUUGAACUGCGCGAAGCUGCCGAGAUCCUAGCCAAAUUUGACCAGUGGCCGGAGUUGUAUGACCAAGAGAAGCUGCGCGAGAACACGGUGCCUGUGUACGCCGCCGGCUACAUCGACGACAUGUACGUCGACUACGAGUUCGCCAAGGACACGGCCGCGCUCGUCAAGGCCAAGGUGUACGAGACGAACCAGCUAUAUCACUCCGCGCUGCGCGCCAAGACGGAAGAGGUGAUGAGGGAGCUUUUCAAGCUUCGUGACAACCCAAUCGACUAG